AUGGAGGUCGAUGUGGCGGUCAUCGGCGCCGGGCUGAGUGGCAUCGCUUUUGCCCGGUUCUAUCUCGACAUCCACCCGGAAGCACGCCUGGUGAUCUUUGAAAAGGACGCAGGCAUCGGCGGGGUAUGGAGCGCAGAGAGAGUCUUUGAGGCGUUCUGGGUCCAGAGUCCUCUGCGCAUGACCUCGUUCGCCGACGUGCCUCUUGAGCUGCCUGACGAUGCUCCCAGACUCCACGAUACCUUCGAGGCCAGAUACGUAACUCAGUAUCUCGAAGAUUAUGUUGACAAUCAUAUAUACAAUGGUAUGUCUCUGCGAUCUCGAGUCCGAGUCAAUGCAGAUGUACGCAUGGUGGAAAAGCGCGGUGAUGGAUGGCUCUUGCAUAUCGAUGACACAGAGUCUCAAACCGUGUACUGUAGUAAAUUAGCAGUGGCAUCGGGAAUAACAUCACUGCCAAACAUGCCCACAUUUCCUCGCAGCCCCCAAUGGAAAGCUCCCAUACUGCACCAUCGUGAUCUUGGAGCUCAUGAGAAGAUUUUGGACCCGGAGUCAGCGUACAAAGAUAUAACUGUUAUCGGCGGAGGAAAGUCAGCCGUAGACAUGGUGUACGGUGCCCUCAGAACAGGAAAGAAUGUUAACUGGAUUAUUCGCACUUCGGGAGAAGGGCCAGGCAUAUUUAUGAAUCCGGCGGCCGGGGGGAGAUAUAGAAAUGCGGCAGAAGCUGGAGCAACUCGGAAAGCUGCAAGGCUGAGCCCUUCUAACUUUUAUGCCCUACCUGCAGAAGCUCUUUCACUCCACCAACUCGAGUCAGAGAGAGCUGCUCUUGAGGAAAAGUUGUAUGCUGCGGACAAUCGGUUCAAGACAUGGGCGAAUUAUCGGGGCCGAGAGGGAGCUCUUCCGGGGUUUCGUGACUUGGAACCGAAAGCAUCAUUCUUCUGGAGCAGCGGUCCCGUUGGAGUCAUCCAGCACGACGACUUCUGGGAUCUCGUCAGUAAGAAGGUGACUGUCUACCGGAGUGACCCAUAUGGCACGACGCCCAAUGCCAUAAUCUUAACAGACGGAAGAGUAGUGCCCACCGAUGCUGUGCUAUGUGGCACAGGCUGGGACCCUUCCUAUCCUUUCUUUACCCCUGACCAAGCUAUCCAACUAGGUCUCCCACAUCAACCUGACACCUCAGCCGAGGAACAAACAUGGGACGACCUGAGGAAACAGGCAGACGCAGAUAUCCUGAAAGAAUUCCCCAUCCUAGGCUCUCCUCCCCGUGACGCAAAACCCGUGGGAGAUAUCAGUCGCACACCGGCCAGACUCUACCACGGCAUGGCUUCUUUGUCGGAUCCAUCCAUCCUAUUCUUGGGAAGGGCUCGAGUGUCCAAUAACUUCCGUGUCGCUGAUGCGCAGGCCAUUUGGGCAACUGCAUAUUGGGAUGGACAUGUGACUCUGCCACCACCAAGCGAGGCCAAGCGCCAGGUCGCGUAUAUGAACGCCCUGUCUCGAAGACGAUACCCGACGAGGGGUGUUGAUGGCAUCAACUUCCAUGCCGAUCUGGUCUAUUACACAGACAGGCUGGCGUAUGAGGCGGGCCUGACUUCUCAUCGCAAGGGCUGGUGGGAAGACCCUGAGGAGCCGUGCUUGGCGAGUGAUUUUCGCGACUGUGCGGAGGAGUAUCGGAAGAAACACGGUUAUGAGAAGAAUGAUUAUGUGCAGGCGUGA